AUGGAAGACGACGACGACGACUACGGCUACGACGAGUUUGACUCCCUGCCACCGGGAACGUUGUAUGAGCUGGAACAGAAUGCUUUCCAAGCAACCCAGGCGUCAGCCUCACAAUACCACUCAAAUCCCAUAAACAGCAACCCCGUGCUCCACGCUCAAGCAGUGCCAUUCAACAACAAUGCUGGAUCGUUGAGACCGCCGCCCCGUCUACACACCGGAUUGACGAGCGACUACAAUACACUGGAGGUGGGGGAAUUGGAGGCCGAGGUGUAUGAUAAUGUUGGUAAACCGCAUGCCAUUCCACAUGAGCAACAUGUAAUCGCCACAGAUCCUGGCCUUGCAGCCAAUGUGCUGACGGACGAUGCCAUGGAUGUGGACGAGUACUAUGGUCAAGGGAACGACGCCACAGAGAUCAAUGCACACCUGGCUCAGAUGGAACAAGAAAGAGAACGCAUUUUACAGGAGCUAGCCGAAGCGAGGAUGCAAUUGGAAACGAAAGCCGGAGAAAUCUCAAUCAUUCGGAGGAAGCAGACAACGAUGACACAAGACUAUGACCGGCAAAUAGCGGCUUUAAGGAAAUCUAUGGCUGAGGAAGUGGCGAGACACAAGCAAGAGAUUGAUGCAGCCGUGUCCGAAGGCAAGGUACUGGCGACAGAGAAUGUAUUUCUUCAACAAGACCUCGUGGAUGAAACCUACCAGCUUCGGAGCUACAAGUCCAAACCUCGCGAGAUGGAAGCCCCAGUGACUCCUCGAAAGUCCCGGGUGCUUCCCUUCCGCGAUGGAUUUGAAGAUGACGAAAUAGCCAUGGUGUCGCCCAGCAAGUCUGCAGCACGUUCCAAACGAGCCACGCCGACAGUUCCAGGAAAGCGCAAACGGCAAUUAAGCCAAGAUGGCGCUGCGCCACUAGAUCUGAAUCCCGCAGGCGUGGAACAUAUUAUGACUGAUGCGACUGAUGUCCCAGCCGAAGUUGACGAGAUAAAGCGCAAGUCUGCAGAAGGUGGUCGCAACCAGCGGUUUAUGAUACGGCUUUUGAGUCACCGUACAUAUCCCAACCAAGAAACCGAUUUCGAAGCCAUGGCCAAUCUUGCAUUUCCCUCGGAGCCACAUCGACAUAUGUCCAGCAUCAUUAUGGAGGCCAUGGCUCGUGUCGACCCGAGCAGCUACGUAUUAGAAUAUACGCAAACGAUCGCUUCGUUGUGGCAGCGUGCUAUCCACGAGAAGUUCUACGAGCCGAUCCCCCGAUUCGAAGCUAUCACAAAGUAUAGUCUGAUGUCAGAUGAUGUCCCACUCUCCGAACUGAUCACACCUCUAGUUGGAGUCUUGCAAGAUACUGUGGAAGUGAAUGCAGUUCCUCGCUUCAAGUACGCCCCGGCAUCACGAGAUAAACGAGUUACUCGACAGACGCCACAAUCAGAUCUGCAGCCCCUCGUUGACUCGACUGGUGCCAUGCGUCUACUUCACCAGAUUGCCUGUGGAGUAUUGCACAUCAAAAGUGCAAUGGAGACAUUCUGGCAAAACAUCCGUAUCUCGUUCAUUCUCGUGAUGUUGCACCCUUCACACCCACUGGGUGACAUUGUGCUUUUGAUGAACCUCCUAUCAACAAGUAUUCGUGCAGAUUCCUUUGGUCCGAUCAGAACUUCCGACCAGGAUCAAUUAGACGUGCAAAAGUGGAUUGUGGACCGCCUCACGCACAUGCUGAGCGAGCCCGCGAUACCAGAUGAAGGCGUGGAGCCAUACACCGCAUACGACAUUUGCGCAAUGCGCCUCGAGGUCCUGCUGCUGCUGGAGUCACUUGCAUUCAACCCUAUGGCCCCAUCCCAAAAAAAUGCUAGCACCAUCCUUGCAUUGCACCCGAAUGCACUCGCCCGUUUAUUCCGGUCGAUGCAUGAUGAGCUAGAUGCACUUUACUCCUCCCCGCCAGAGUCAGAGCUGCGUGUUGCGUUGGUGAAUGGCCUUAUGCGGCUGGUUUUUGGGGUUAUGCGGCAACAUGGCCCCCUGAUCAAUAUGCAGGAGAAGCUGGCGUGUGUUCCUGGCAGCAAACAGAAGCAUCUCGUUGUGUUAACUCGUUUAGCAUUCUGUGAUGGCACCGUGCUGGAGGCGGGCAUUGACGAUGACACUGUUGACAUGGCGCAUGAGCUUCUCGAGGAAUGGACUAAUCCUCAAGAAGCAGAGUCAUUGGCGGAGGCAUUCCCAAGUUCUAGGAGAGAGUGA